AUGGUGGUUACUAUUGAGGGUUGUGGAGGUGUGCUGCUAACAUAUCUGGGUUGUGAAGAUGUGGUAUUCACUACUCUGGAUUGUUGUGGAGCUGUUGCGUCUACAACUUUGGAUUGUGGAGCCAGGAUGUCAACGUCUAUAGGUUGUGGAGUCCUGGUGCUUACUAUUGAGGGUUGUGGAGGUGUGCUGCUAACAUAUCUGGAUUGUGAAGAUGUGGUAUUCACUACUCUGGAUUGUUGUGGAGCUGUUGCGUCUACAACUUUGGAUUGUGGAGCUGUGAUGUUAACGUCUAUACGUUGUGGAGUCCUGGUGCUUACUAUUGAGGGUUGUGGAGGUGUGCUGCUAACAUAUCUGGAUUGUGAAGAUGUGGUAUUCACUACUCUGGAUUGUUGUGCAGCUGUUGCGUCUACAACUUUGGAUUGUGGAGCUGCGAUGUUAACGUCUAUAGCUUGUGGAGUCCUGGUUCUUACUAUUGAGGGUUGUGGAGGUGUGCUGCUAACAUAUCUGGGUUGUGAAGAUGUGGUAUUCACUACUCUGGAUUGUUGUGGAGCUGUUGGGUCUACAACUGUCGAUUGUGGAGCUGUGAUGUUAACAUCUCUUGGUUGUGGAGACAUGGUGCUUACUAUUGAGGGUUGUGUGUGGAGGUGUGUAACUAACAUAUCUGUGUUGUGAAGAUGUGGUAUUCACUACUCUGGAUUGUUGUGCAGCUGUUGGGUUUACAACUGUGCAUUGUGGAGCUGUGAUGUUAACGUCUAUAGGUUGUGGAGUCAUGGUGCUUACUAUUGAGGGUUGUGGAGGUGUGCUGCUAACAUAUCUGGGUUGUGAAGAUGUGGUAUUCACUACUCUGGAUUGUUGUGGAGCUGUUGGGUCUACAACUGUGGAUUGUGGAGCUGUGAUGUUAACAUCUCUUGGUUGUGGAGACAUGGUGCUUACUAUUGAGGGUUGUGUGUGGAGGUGUGCUGCUAACAUAUCUGGGUUGUGA